GUGCUGCUAGUGGCAAGUGCUUCGCCUGCUGUUUCCAAAACCGUUCGUCGGCCCGAUUCUCACGAGUCUCCUCGGAACGUCGCGGUCCGUAGCAGCGAGGGAUGGUGCUUGUGUGAUGUGUCGCUCGUAGAAUCGCCGCCGCCCGCACGUAAACCCGCGGGGCUGGGCGGGUGCCGUGUACUACGCAGACACGAUGAUCGCCCCGCCCGCCGCAUCGGCGGCUGCUGCCGCACGCUGAACAGCUGACCGUCUAGCGCGUAGCGGCAGCGACGAGAUGGCAGCGAAGGACGUGGCCCGCUCGCCGUUCGAGUUCCUCAGCCUGGUGCCACAGGGCCAUGAGAAGGCGCUCAAGCUGGCCGUCUACAACACGGCCACGCUCGUGUUCGCCGCCUUCGUCAGCGCAGCCGGUGUGGCCGUGUACUUCAUACUGCAGCCCUUCCUCGGGCCGCUCCUGUGGGCGCUCCUCUUCGGGUCGGUGCUGCACCCGUUCAAGCGGUCGCUCUGCGUGCUCCUGGGCGGCUGGCUGGACGCGCUGCGCGAGGCGGGCACGCCUCUCGCCGUGGGCGUCUUCUGCCUGCCCUUCCAGGUGGUGGACAGCGUGGCCGAGCGCGCCUGCAACACGGUGCUGCAGUACUUCAAGUGGUUCCUCGCCGCCUCCAUACUCGUGCCCCUCGUCUACUUCGCGCACCACUUCCUGCCCGUCACGGUCGCCUGGAAAGUGUUCGCCGUGCUGCGUGUCUUCUACCACAUCGUGUCGGCGACGUUGGAGAUCUUCUCCUCGGGAUGGAUGGUCUGGGGCAUGUUGGUGGGCUACGUAGGCGCACUGGUUUUCUGGUGGACACCGCAGACGGAGGGGCCCCUACGUGCUAUGUCACCCGCUGUUUGGCUAGCUGUCAUCUGCCAUCUGGCCACUGUGGCAGGCAUGUGGCGGGUGCCAAUCCUGGCCGCGUUCCUGGCCCUGCUUGCCACAGGGUUCCUGGCUGAGCUGCGCGGUGCCACGGUUGAGUGUGGGGAGCAUGGAACAACAGAGCCCGGUUCACCUUGCGUGAGCACGCUGUAUGCAGGCUGGGCUUGGAUCACGGGAUCACCUGUGGCAGCAUCUACUCAGGAUAAAGGCACCAGCCAAGAGGCCGACAGUGCCAGCACCAGUGCACCAUCGGACGAAGCGAAGAUAGCACCCCUGCACCCUGUUCUGCACCGGCAACCCUCUCCUGCACCUGGAUCGAGUGAGGGUGACAUCGUGCUGCCAGCCAUCACUGUGCAGGACAGUGACCAAGGCAGCAAAAGCAAAGAGGAAGACUCUGAGGCAAAAAGUGGCAAGGAUGCUGGGAGGAGCAGACUUUACCUGUCCACGCUGGUCUGGGCUUGCCUGCUGGCUCAACUGUGGCGCUACAUCUGGCUCCUGCACCUCACCUAUGUGCCCCUGCUGUACACCGUCAUCAAGCGAGUGGGAAGCCACUUGAACCUGUGGAGCUGUCUUCGGGAUCAGUCACGCACUGCAUGUUGGACAUUGCGUAACUGGUACGAAGAACGCAGCCAGGCGCUUUUCCCAGCCCCCGUGCACGGUCUGUGGCGACUGCUGCGGGAGGGAGACAAGCGUAUGGUGUCUGUACUGAAAACAUCCAUAGAUUCUCUCACCACCAUUGGCAUUCUGCUGCUGGUGUCUCUCCUGGCCACUGUGGGCACCAUCUUCCUUGCUUUGCAGGUAUAUGGUGAGAGCAUGCACUUGGUGGAGGUGACAAGCAGCCUCAUCAACCACACUGUUGUCAACAGCCCAGAGCUCCAGCAACUGCUGCCCGAAUCAUUGCGGAAUGCCCAGGGGGCCUUUGACUCAAUGCUGGGAGAUGCCUACCUCUAUGGGCGUCAGUGGAUCAGUGGCGCGGUGCGACGAGCCCUGGAUGAUGCAGACGAGUCACACAAGUUGGAAGUUGAGCGGCAGACACUGGAGCUUUGGGAUCGUGCCUACCACCUGUGGGUGGCGCGCAAUGCCAGUGAUGAUCCCACCCUGCACCAUGGGCCCUCUUGGGAUGCUCUUACCGAUUCCUUGCGCAACCUCGAUUUUGCCCUAUUUACCAGCUUUGUCCGGGACAACAUCGGCACUCUUAUGUCGGUAUUCGAAUCUAUAUGGAACCUGCUAAAGGGCAACAUCAGUGUCGUUCUCAGCCUGCUGACGACAACAAUCUCAAUCCUGUUUGGCGGUGGUACUGCGGUUCUCAACUUUGUGCUGAAUUUUGUCGUGUUCUUGACUGCUCUCUUCUACCUUCUGCGUGCAAGCACAGACCGCUACAAGCCACUUGAUCUCUUUGCCAGCAUGUUACCAGGCUCGGCUAGCCGCCUGGGCGAAGCUGUGGAGGAAGCUGUCGCAGGUGUCUUUGCAGCCUCUUUCAAGAUGGCCGCCUUCUACGGUCUCUACACGUGGCUAAUACACACGCUCUUCGAUGUCAAGAUGGUGUACAUUCCCACUGCACUGGCAGCCCUGUUUGGGGCGGUGCCUUUCAUUGGUGCAUACUGGGCCUGCCUGCCAGCUGUGCUGGAGCUGUGGCUGGUGCAAGCGCAGCGCCUCAAGGCGCUUCUCAUGCUUAUCUGCCAGCUGGCACCCGCCUACUUUGUUGACUGUGCCAUCUAUGCCGAGAUUAAGGGGGGUGGUCAUCCCUUCCUGACUGGGCUGGCGAUAGCGGGCGGUGUGUUCUGCCUGGGCUUCCAGGGUGCACUGUUUGGGCCCAUGCUCCUCUGUGUUCUCAUUGUAGCCAUGAAAGUGUACCGCUCUGUGAUGCAAUCCAUGCCCGCUGGCACAGCGGGCCGCCGCUUCAGCUUCAAGAGGAUGUUCACAAUAGACUAGCGUGGCAUGGCGCACAUCACCCCUGUGGAUCCAAGGUACAACAGCAGAUGAAGCAUCCUGGCGUCCACUGACAACCUGCCUCGUUACCAGCUGCUAGUCAUUUUGUGCCUUGCUCAGCCGAUUUCAGAUUGCCAAUGUAUGCCUUCCGUCUGCAGCGCACAACAGCCUCUGCAGCCUACAUCCUUUGGCUUGUGCAAGCACCUUCUUAUGUUUACACAAUGUUUCCUUAUCAUAUGUAUUCUAUGCCAAUUGGUGCAGCACAGCAGAAUAUAACACGUUGUUGUCGCUUCGUGUAAAUGUCUUGAAAAUAUGUCGAAGCAAUAAUACUCGCAAUGUCACAAAUUCUCCUCGUGCUUGCAUUUCUACACGGCCUAAGUACUACUAACACCAAAGAACAUUUUGUAAUUUUACUGGUCACAUCAUUUGUUGAAGCUUGCUUUGUGGUCAUCGGGCCACGUGACCAGGAAUGGCAACUUUUUGUGUGUGAAUUGUAUACGUCCAGAAAGCAUUGUUAUGGGCAAAACCUUGCAUUUGACUAGUGCAGAUAAGAAUUUUUACCAAGCACAAUAAUUUCAGUGAUGGAUCUGUAUCUGCUAGUUCCUCUAAUACUGUGUGAUUCAAGGAUGAAUGUUGAAUAGAUCAGUGGCAGGUAACUUGGUUCCUCAAUAUUGCCUCCCAUCAUGUUGCUUGUUGCCUAAUCCUUGUUGGUACAGAAGCUGCUUGCUAUUCAGACUAUCGACAAUAUACAUCAGAUCUGGAGGAUGCAACUAUUGAUGUUAUUUAAACUAUUGAUGUUAUUUACAAAAUAAAGGUUGUGUUUAAUGGAAA